UCGACGAGAGAGAGAGGGGGAGAAGAGGAAAACUCCGCCGCCGCGUAGCUCGCACUUUCUCCCCCAAGCCAGCAUCUCCGCCUCCAUGGACGCGUAUCACCAGCAGCGCCGCUUCGCCGGCUCCGGCGACGCGCCUCCGCCGCCGCAGCAGCCGCCGCACCCCUCCCACCCGAACGCCCACUGGUACCCGGCGCCCCCGCCGCCGUACCCUCCCCACCCCGGCCACCCCUACCCUCCGCAACACCACCACCAGUGGGGCCCGCCUCCCGACCUCCAGCACCAGCGUCAUCCUCCGCCUCCGCAACAGCAGCACUACGGGUAUCAACAGCCUCCCCCGCCGAUGCCGAUGCAGCAGCAGCAGCCACCGCCGCCUGGGAACCCCUGGCCUCCUCACCACGCCGCCGGCCAGCCCCCGCCGCCAAGCUACCCUCCUCCACCGCCGGGGCAGGCUUGGACCAAUCAUUCAUGGGCUCAAAAUCAUGGAUACCCAGGUCAUGGCAAUGAGGAAGAUUGGGCUACAAAGGCUAAAGCAUGGGUUGCUGCUAAGUCUGUUAUGGGAAACCACCAGAUUCAACAGCAUGCCAUAUCCACAAGUAGAACUGAAAGUCAUCAUAAUGGUUACCAUGAUCAGUAUCAGCAACCAGCUGGUCUGCCAGCAGAAGUUACAGAACCUUUGCACCCACCAGUUCCUCAAUCAAGUAACGAUCAUAUGCCAUUUCCAAUGACAGGUCAACAGAGGGAAACAAACCAUUUGUUAGAUAGAGGUCCUAUGGUGUCUCCAGCACAGACCUUUGGUUCAUUUCCGUCCACCUAUGAGCAGGAGGUAUCUUAUAAUUAUUCUUCUGCUCCAGCAGGUAAUGGGAAUAAUAUGCUUCAAUAUCCAAGCUCUCAAGGACAGUCAUUUUCAACUGCCUCCACUGUUCAAGGUGGAUUCCCACAGGCUCCCUUGACGGAAUUGCCUCCUGUUGGACAUGAACGGCAGUCAGUUGAUCCAAGUGACCAACCUUUGGAAUUUAACAGCAGGAAAGCUCCUGAUGUGGCAGUCCAUACAAAUGUCAAUUCUACUAUACCAGCUGCUCCAACACUGGGAACUAAUUACGAUACAGUUGCAACGUCUACUCAUUCAUGGACGCCAUCUGCUACAGUAGGGUUUCUGCCUCGAGCUCCAUUGCCACCACAAGCAGCACAGAUGGAUCCUCAUGCUGCACCACUUUUUGGAGCAGCCUCUAGUUCAAACUAUGCCCCACCUGCAGCAUUUGGUGUUGGUAGUGUAACAGAAGUGUUCCCUACAGAUCCAAACACUCCUUUCAGUGUUGCAGAAAAAUCUAAGAAACGUCCAGUACCUAACUGGCUUCGAGAAGAACUUUUAAAGAAAAAAUCAGCACCAUUAAGUGCUUCAGCGCAGCACCCGACAAACUUAAAUUCCACGGAAUCUGACAAUGCAGAAGAACCACUAGGAAAACCUGGCCAAAGUGACAGCAGAAGUAAUGAUUCGGCUAAAUCCACUGAAGACAAUGAAGAUGAUGAGGAUGAAAUUGAAGCAACUCGGAUGGCAGCAAUCAACCAGGAAAUUAAGCGUGUUUUAACUGAAGUCCUUUUGAAGGUUACUGAUGAUCUUUUUGAUGAGAUCGCAACAAAAGUUCUGAACGAAGAUGAUUCCUCAGCUGAAGCCAAUGGGCCCACCGAUGUUUCUGGCUCAAAGGAACCUGGUCUGGGAGUAUCAAGAACCAGGACCUCGGCUAAAGUUGUGCUCCCUGCUAAGCCAGCAAACAUUAGCUCUAGUGAUCAUAAAGGUAGUACUGGGUUAAGUUCCCCUAAAGGCGCUCUUCUCGGUCUUGCUAGUUAUGAUUCAGAUGAUGAUGAUGAUGACGACAAUGGCGGUGAUGGCAAGGAUAAGAUUCCAAUGUCAGGUUUAUCAGCUAAUGCUGGUGCCGCAAAUGCUGAAGAAGGUGACAAAAGCAACAUUGGUAAACAACGCGUGAAUCAAAAUGAAAAGGUUUCGUCACUUGGAAAAUCUACUCAAAUGAGCACAAGUGCAGAACCUGAACAAGUGCAUAUUCAUGAUACACAGAAUGGAGAGUUUCCUUUAGAUGCCAAAACUUUUAUCGAGCCAAAGGGUGCAGUUGAUAAAAUGGAUGAUAAAGCACAUAGAUAUGCUGCAGUAGAUAUCCAAAACAGGAAAACCUCUUCUGGCAGUAACACUGAAAAGUAUAAUGAUUUGGAAAGCAGUCACAGGCAUUUAGAAAGGAGCAGCAAAGAAGAUUUGGUUAAAGAGGUGCAGACUGAUGAUACAAAAGAACUUGAAUCUUCUACUGCAGAAAAAUAUAAUAAUGACAAGUAUGGCACGUAUGGAAAUGUUGAUAAAAAGAGUAGCUUCAAGGAGGGAAAAGGUUCUGGUAGGAUUGCAAAGCAUGAGUCUGAUAGAAGGGAGCCGCACUCCAGAGGUAACUCUAAGCACGAUGGUGCCAAGGAAGAUCGAAAGGAUUUUCCGAAGGAUACAAGAGAGAGAGAUAGGGACACUACUGAUAGAAGAGGGGGGAAAGGAAAAGAUGAAAAGGAUGAAAGAUCAAGGCAGAUGACAAAGAGGUCAACAAAUCAUAGCAGAAGUUCACGGUCACGAUCACCAAGAGGGAGAAGUCGAACUAGAAAGGAAAACUCUUCCCAUGUUCGAGGGAGUGUUUCAAGUGAUGAGCCUUCUGAUAGUGUCAAAAAGAGAAAGCAUCAUUCCCGUAAAAACAGUUUGUCUCCCUCACCUCCAAAAUCUAGAAACAGACGAGUUUCGCGGUCUCCACAUAGCAAGCAUUCUCACCGCAGGCAUUCGCCUUAUUCAUCUGCCAACAGGACGAGGCGGUCGAGAUCAAGAACUCCAGCCAAAAGAAGAUAGAAGACAAUGGGAAGGGACAGAUGCCUGGGCAUCCCCGUGAGACAAUGGAAGGCAUAUGGCAUUACUGCUGUGGUGCUAUCUAGUGGGUCUUUUCUUUUUUCCUGAAAGGUAUCUAGUGCAUCUUUUGCUCCUAUGGCGUCAUGGUAGAAAAGCAUUCCAACAGUGACAAACAUGAAGGCAAGGAAUGGAUGUAACUUGAUGUUUAUGAGAUGCACAUUUUGCUGUAUCUUGUUUGUAAGAUGAGCUAUAUAGCGAGUGUAGAAGUUGGUAGUAUGAUCAGUAGACUGCAGUGCCCCCAUCAUUGACUUUGCCAUGUAUUAGGAUUUAGGCCAUGUACUGCUCAGCAGAGAUUCGUAUUUAGUUGCAAUUUCUAACUAAAGCAUUUCUCGUAAUUUUGAAAUGAGAGACGAGGCUUGCUUUGAAAAGCAUUGGCAGCCUGUUC